AUGAAAUUAGCAUUAAAGAUCUUAUUUAAUUUCCAAUUGUCAAUUUUUCAAUUAAUAGGAUUUGCUCCAUUCAAAAUUAAAAUACUAGAAAAAAAUAACAUUACUUUCAAAUGCACUCAAAUUUAUAAAUGCUACAAUUUAAUAUUGAUACUAUUCUUAAUCACGAUAAAUAUUUAUAUUUUACCUCAUGUUUUCGUAAACCUCUACAAUGAAAAGGAAACAAUUCUUUCACGACUUUUGGGAUUGGUGUUAAGCUAUUCGUUAACAGCAGUAAUAAUCAUUAUAUGCCUUCUAUACGUCUUCCAACAACGAAAAUUCAUCAAAAUAAUCAAUCAAUUUAUCGAAGUUGAUUUGACAUUAAAUAAACUGAAAAAUAUUUACAAGCUAGAUGAUCAAUCCACGAAAUUUAUGUUUAUAACUAUUUUUAAUCUAUUUUUUUGUUCGAGUGUAAUUAUUUGUGAAAUUUUUUUGAAUGAACAGUUUCAUGUAUCAUUUUUCUUGUAUCUUUAUCAAUUCUUAGUCUCUUCUUUUUAUGUCAUUCAAUAUGCUAUUCUCUUGACAAUAAUUGAAAAAAAGUUCAAAAGUAUAAACGGUACAUUUUUGAAAUUAGAAGACUCCAUUGCUGCACAACAUCCAAUUGAAAACAUUCGAAAAUAUAUUAUAUAUAAAAUGUGUAUAGUUGAGAUCAUUGUCUUGAAGCGUUCACAUACGAAACUAUUCAGCUUGUGUUCAGAGAUUGCUAACUUUUACAGUUUCGGAAUGUUGUUUAUAAUCCCUUUUAUAAUCAUAUCUAUGAUAAUAAAUAUUUAUGAACUGUUAAUACCCAUUAUAACAUUUUAUGUAUUUCCGAAUUUGAUGUUACGACGUGUCAAUCAAUUUUCAUGGAUGGCGAUGGUAUUGUUUCCAACAUUAAUGGUUGCGAUGGUUGCGUCUCAAAUUGAAGACCAGAUGAAAAAAACUGGUAAUAUAGUACAAAAAAUUUUGCAAGAAUGUUCGAUGAGCCCGGAAAUACGUAGAGAAUUGAAGAUUUUCUCUUUGGAAUUGUUACAUCGGGAUUUCCAAUUUACUGCUUACAAUAUUAUUCCAGUUGAUUGUACAAUCUUAAGAACCAUAUUUGGUGCUGUAGCCACUUAUUUGAUUAUUUUCAUUCAAUUCCAAGCUGAUGAUGGGAAG